GGUCCUGUAAAACAAGGAAAUUAGUUUCUUUUGGGUAUCUAAGUGUUUUUAGAUCUUUGAUGAUUAGGAGAUUUAGGUCACCAGAUCCAUUUUCCAGAGGAGUAUUUUCUAUAAUUAAAAGAUUUUUGACCAAGAUUACCACAAUUAUAGCAAGAAACUUUAAUGGGAGUUUUAGAGAAAUGAGAAUUGGAGAUAGAUCUAUUUGAUCUAUUGGAGCUACGAUUAGGAGAAUUCCUCCUGUAAUAUGUAGUUCUGUUAGAUCGUACAGAGCUAUGACUUGGAGAUUUCUGAUGCUAUUUAGCUGCAUCUUUACUUUCUCAAGUUUUUCUGUUAGUAAGUUGACUUCAAUCUGACUUGCCUCAAGAAAAAUCUGUCAGUCUUCCUUUUCUCGAGCAAUUUUAUUGUAUUCGUCAAUAAAAUUCUGUAGUUUAUAUAUCCAAAGAAUUUUAUAAUUCAUUACAGUUUAAACAAUUUACAGAUCUUACCUCACUUGUUUCACCUAGUUCCAUAAAACACAAGUUUGCAUUUCAUCAUGAUCAUCAUCUGUCGUUUCUCUUUGUUCCCAUGCUCUAAGACUUUUUGGAUCUUCAUUUCUUCGAUUGUUUCUUCUCCUACGUUUUGGACAAUUCUGUUUGAUAUGACUUGGUUCUGCGCAGUAGUAACAACGAUCUUCAUUUAUUUUAAGAUCGUUGUUCUUGAAAUCUUAUUGAGGUUUCUGUCUCGUCUUUCUAAGCAUAUGUCUUACUCCUCGAUUGAUGAGUGUCAUUCCUUCAUGUUGAUUCUCAUUUGCUUUCUCUCCAGUGUCAAAUGUUUCAGUCAUAAAUGCCACCGUUUUUUUUGUCAUCCUUAUUGUAAUGAUUAGUAUGAUUUUGUUCAUAUGCCAUUAAGUUGCCUCAUAGUUCAUCAUAUAUCAUUUUCUGUAGAUCUCCAUCUUCAAGAAUUACAAAAUUGGUUUCCCAAGCCUUGGGAAGGUUUCAAACAAGUUUAGUGACUUGUAAUGAAUUUGAAUACACCAUUCAAAGAGUUUUUAGUUCACAUACAAUUUUACUGAAUCUUGAAACAUAGAUUCAAUGUUUCAUCUUCUGCCAUUUUAAACAACUCAUAUUUAUUAACGAGUGCACCGAGGCGAGCCUCCAUUACUUUGGUGGUUCCUUCAUAUGUUACUUCUAGUUUGUCCGACAUUACUUUCGCAGUAUCGCAAGUUGAUAUCUUGUCGUACUCUGCUCCGCUUACUGCACAAUAUAACAAACUUAUAGCUCUAACAUUAGUUUGGAUUAGCUCUUGUUGUUCUUUAGUGAUAUCAAAUUAUUCAGGAUCAAAUAACUUUUCAGUGCUAUCCUUUUCAGUCAGUCCACAAAUGGGCUUCGGACCUUUCUUAAUCAUUAUCCAUGCUUAAUGAUCAGUUGAGGAGACAAAAAUUCCGAAUCUAUUUUUCUAGUGAGAGUAAUGUCGCCCGUGGAAGUAUGGUGGUCAGUGCGGUGAGUGUCCAUAUUGAACUAAGGCUCCAGAGAUCUGAUAGUGUGUCAUUUUGGAUAUUUGCCUGCAAAUUAGUUCAACAAUAUAAAACAGAAUAAGAUGCUUAAGUAAAUAAGCAUAGAGAGUCUCAUACUGGUUAGGAUCACCAAUAUGGUGCCUAGUCCAGUCCCCUUGUGUUUCAAGAGUUUCCUUAAUAGCUUCAGACGAAUAAGGUAUACGUGAAGUGAAGUCUUGAAAACCUGUCUGAUGUGCAAAUCAGAGUUUCUACGUAGACAGUACCUCUACUUGUAUAACCUACACUUAGAAUCUUUUCCUUCUCUUUUUCUUUUACAAGUGUUCACUCACGUGUACAAAUCUUUAUCAAAGAUGAAAGAAGAUUACAAUGAUAAGUUCUAGUGAAGUUGCGUAAGACUCUAAGUGGCAGUCCUCUUGUUUAAAUAGGCAUAGAGUUCUGGUCUUCUUAAGGAACAACCCAGGGGAUUUUCAUUCAAUCAAAAUUUGGAGGGAUUCCUUGAUUGAGUCUGAUUUGGAUAGGAUUGUGAUCAUGUUCAUAUUAAAUAUGUUCAUGAUAUCCUUACUUUCUAGAUGAGACGUCUUCAAUAAGGUUGGUUGUCUUCCUUGAUUGCUGGAUGCUUGUCUUGAUAGAUUUAUUUGUUGAUUUCCUUGAUUGAUAGUGUUUUGCUGAUUCAAAGGAGAUUGAGAUAUGUCAUGGCUGUCUUCCUAGAAUCUUGGGGAUUUAGUCAAUCACUUGAGAUCUUGAUUAGCUUGGAUUGUGGAUUCUGUUCAGAUUGUUGUAAGUCCGGAUUAUGACAAUGUCACUGUACUGCUCAUCAAAUUCUGCAAGCAACAUUAGAUUUAUUGUUAAUUAUCAAAACACUUUUAGUGCUUAAGAGGCUAACAUCUUCCACAAUAAAAUAAAUUGACAAUGCAAGUUUAAGUGGUAAUUGAUGAGCAAGACUAGGAGACGGUAGAGUGGUAACUGCGGAGGUUUGUGUUCCAACGGUUGUUCCAAGCAAAGAAGAACCUGGUGAGAUGUUGUCAUCCACCAUUGAAGUUGUUGCGAAACUUUUGUUUUCUCUUUGGUCAUACGAUUUAAAAUUGAGUUGUUUUAACCUCUUAAGACUCUGAUACUAUAUAUACUUUUUCAGUAUUAUAAAUAUACUGCAAAGUCAUAGACCAAGUCAUAUACAUUUAAUAAUAAUCCUACGCAAACUAAGCCAGGAAUAAACAAAAUCUAUUCAUAUUACAUAAGUGUUAUCCUUGUUCAAUUUAGUAUAGAUUUUUUAAUGCUUCAAUCAGAUAUUUUUAGGAUAAAACACAAUCCCCUUACAUGUACUUUUUCUUUUGAGUUGAUUUGCUUUUUUUUAAAAAAAUUGUAAUCUCUUAGAUUUGUCUAACUCUAAUGGGCAGGCUUGACAACUUAAUAAGUAGUUUUGUCUCACUUACUCACCCUCUCUUUCUAUUUAAAAAAUUGCAAACACAUUCACACUUCCAUUGUGUGUGGUCAGUAACAUGACUAAAGCUAAACACAAAACCAAGAAAGAAGAGAAAGCAAAAGCGUCUGCACCUCCGUCCCCCCCUAUAUGUAUCCAAAAUUGUAAUGCCCCCCUAGAACGGCUAUAUUUACAUUAUCUGCUACUGCCAUUUUUGCCUAAGUAGUAACCAAUGUAUAUACUGCCAUUUUUUGAGCUUUAAGUUCAAUUUCUUCUUUCACAUUAUGUAAAAAAUGAGAUUCCCAGUUGAAGAGAUGGAGAUCAUUUUCAGAUCGGGCUAAGCUACUACAAGUGUUCCACAGAGCUUCUCAUAGUGAGAUACUUGUGAUGAUAAAUAGCAAUCAGAGAUGAAAAGGACACCUGACUCAGGAAAACCACUGGCCGAGAACAGUAUUGAGGUUGAGUUGACAAAUAUUUACCUAACCUUUAAAAAAGAGGUGGGAACUAUAUCCGAUGUCCAUGAUUUUCUGGAGAUGGACUUCACUGUUCCUCUUCAAACAUGGAAAGGAAAACACUCCUAUCAGGAGGAAGAGGAACUCUUGCCUAAUGCUGGUACAAUCAAGCGAUGUGAUGACUCACUUGACGAUAGUGGCUUUAUGACAUUCUAUGGAGCAAGUCAUCCUCCAGAACCUGUUGAUACUGACCUAAUGAAACCAGUCUAUAUACCAAUUGGUCCUAAUAAAGUAGACGGCAAAUGCCUACUGAAAAACAUGUCUCUGAAGGGCUCUUCCCUGGAUGAUAUUUCAAUCGAGGUUCUUAACAUGAAACCUAGUUCAUUUCUUCUUUCACCUGUGGAGAGAUGGGCUGAAAAUAAUGAUCUUGGUGUAGUAUCCUCUCCAUUUAUGGUUCCUCGUCCAUCUCAAAAUACGUUAGCAAGUCUACCCCCGGAUUCUGAAGAAAAAGAAUGUCUUUGGGAUGUAUCAUUAUCACCAAGCAGCAAUAUCAGUCCAUAUAGUAGCAUUGAUAUUACUGGUGUUGGCACAGCUAUGAGCAUUCCUAGCAGCUGCACAAGAACAUAUAGGAGUGAUCGAUUGUUGAGUGAAAGCUUGCUUAUUAUGGACGGAAACUGUGAGGGCACUAAACUGAUUAUUCAAGGGGAUUCACUAGAAAGUGCUAAAACUAGCUUUAGCAGGGAAAGUGAUAGCAGUGAACUUAGUGAUGAUAGUAACUGGAGUAACAUUACCGGCAGUGCCAAUAAGCCGCACAAAGGGAAUGAUCCCAGAUGCAAGGCUAUUAUUGCAAUACGGGCACGUGAUGGUAUAUUAGGCAUGAGUCACUUUAGGUUAGUGAAAAAACUUGGUUGUGGUGACAUUGGCACUGUUUAUCUUUCAGAGCUAAAUGGGACUUGCUGCGAUUUUGCAAUGAAAGUGAUGGAUAAGGCAUCACUUGCAAGUAGGAAAAAAUUAACCCGUUCUCGGACAGAAAAAGAAAUCCUUCAGCUGUUAGAUCACCCAUUCUUACCAACGUUGUAUACUCAUUUUGAAACUAACAGAUUUUCAUGUUUAGUCAUGGAAUAUUGCCCAGGAGGAGAUCUACAUACUCUACGACAAAGACAACCUGGAAAGCAUUUUUCAGAACACUCUGCAAGGUUUUAUGCUGCAGAAGUUCUAUUGGCUCUCGAGUAUCUUCACAUGCUAGGUGUACUUUACCGAGACUUAAAGCCUGAAAAUGUUCUAGUGCGUGAUGAUGGCCACAUCAUGCUUUCAGAUUUUGAUCUGUCCCUGAAAUGUUCAGUUUCACCUAUGGUCAUAAGGACAUCAUCUGAUGAUCCCUCUAAACGAGGAGCUGCAUUAUGUGUGCAGCCAGCCUGUAUUGCUCCCAUAUCUACAUGCAUUCAGCCAACAUGCUUCCUCCCCAGAAUAUUUUCUCAAAAGAGCAAAAAAAGAUCACAAAAGCCUCGAACUGAGCCUGGUUUUCCUGCUAAUGCUAUGCCUGAGCUAGUUGCAGAACCUACUGCAGCACGGUCAAUGUCAUUUGUGGGCACUCAUGAAUACUUAGCCCCUGAAAUUAUCAAGGGAGAAGGACAUGGAAAUGCAGUUGAUUGGUGGACAUUUGGCAUAUUUCUGUAUGAAUUACUAUAUGGUAAAACCCCAUUCAAGGGAUCAGGAAACAGGGCAACUAUUUUCAAUGUAGUAGGACAACAGCUCAAAUUUCCUGAUUCCCCUGCAACGAGUAAUGCCAGUCACAAUCUUAUUCAAGGAUUGCUCAUGAAAGAGCCUCAACACCGUCUCGGGGUGAAAAGAGGAGCAAGUGAGAUAAAACAACACCCUUUCUUUGAAGGUGUUAAUUGGGCACUGAUUCGUUCCAGUACUCCACCAGAAGUGCUAAGACAGGUUGAAGUAGAGGUUCCACGGAAGCUUAAGCAAGUGAACCCUGUUGAAGUUUGCAGUAAAAUAAUUGCAGGAACAAAUGUGAAUUCUGGGGGUAAUAAUUAUCUUGACAUUGAGUUCUUUUAGUCUAGGAAUAUAGGAUUCUUGUCUACACUUUAAUCAGCUUCCUUUAAGCGAACACUAUCCUAAUAUUCUCUUACCUUAAUAGGACUACAAUUUCAGUAGUUAUUACAUUUUACUAUAAAUACAUAAUUACCAUAGUUAUAAUUGCCUAA